UGCCAGAUAGGGCUGACGAGCUGUGCAGGGAGAAACCGCCUGGUCUCCUGGACUGACCGCCAGCUGACACCUCGGAGGGACCGCCUCGCUCCCAGGAGCAGGGGUUGGUGUCCCCAGGCCCGUUGUCCCCGGAGGUAGGGGAAGAAGCCGUGAGAAAAACUUCUUUCCGCUGUCCUGCGCGUUUCUGCAGCCCCGUUCCAGGCCGAGGCAUCUCCAAGGUAGUGAUGGCUCUCCAGAGGACCCAUUCACUGCUUCUGCUCUUGCUGCUGACCCUGCUGGGGCUGGGGCUGGUGCAGCCCUCCUACGGCCAGGAUCGUAUGUAUCACCGAUUCCUGCGGCAGCAUGUGGACCCUGAGGAGACAGGUGGCAAUGACACCUACUGCAACUUGAUGAUGCAAAGACGGAAGAUGACCGCGCGUCAGUGCAAGCGUUUCAACACCUUUGUCCAUGAAGACAUCUGGAACAUUCGUAGUAUCUGCAGCACCACCAAUAUCCAAUGCAAGAAUGGCAAGAUGAACUGCCAUGAGGGUGUAGUGAGGGUCACAGACUGCAGGGAGACAGGAAGUUCCAGGUUCCCCAACUGCAGAUACCGGGCAUCGGCGAGCACUAGGCAUGUGGUCAUUGCCUGUGAGGGCGACCCGCAGUUGCCUGUGCACUUCGACAGAUAGACACCAGCCUGUGUGGGUUACUGCCUGACCUGUUGGCCUUUAACUUACUCCUUGAAUAGCAAUGAAUAAUGCAUUUGGGCUGCCCUCGGCUCUGUCUCCUCUGCUUCUGACUCUUUUUCUCUUUAUAGCCCAUUCUGUUAAGUACAUUAUAUCAAAGAGAAAUGGAGACAUAAACUUAUGAUGAGUCCGGGCUUUCUGUAGUAAAUGUUUUGGCUUUCUUUUAUAAUACUGAUUAGCUUAGCUCUCUCAGAUCCUAUCCUCUGGGAUUUAGUCAUUAUAUGGAUUUAUAAAGCAUUACAAGCAUUUCAAAGGGCUUACAUCGAAAUCAUCUCAUUUUAAUAACACAGCACUGGUAUAAUGCUGCUGAUGUUAUAUGUAGGAACCCAAAGUUCAGGGAUUUGCUGAAGACCGUGAAAUUAGUGGGAAUGCUGAGACAAAAAUCCAGUUGAACUGGCUUCUAAUCCAGGCCAUUUUCCACUUCAUCACAAGGAGAGUUUUGAAAGUAACUGCUUUGGUUAUUCCCAGAAGUCAGCUGUUGGGAGAAGUAUUUGAAAUUUGGAAAUGCAUGUUGGCAAAACGAGAGCCCUGUCUGGAUAAUCUGGUUCCCUUGUUGUGCUGGGCUCUAACAGCAUCAAGAAAUGAUACAAGAGAUUUACUUUCUCUCUUCCCAGACUUUUGAAUCUCUUUAGUAAGUCGGAAUAUUAAAAAUGUAGGAGCUCACUUAAGACUCAUUCACUCUUCCCGACGGAAACAUCUUUCAUGUUUUCCUUAUAAUAAAGGACUUAAACUGCA